GAGCGGGAGGGGACGAUUGUAUGUGAGGUGCGCUCAGGACUGAAAGACUCUGCCCCAGCCCCGUUAUUAAUGUGAGCAGUAUGGCCCCGGCGCGACUAUCACUCCGCGAGGAGGACAUCGUCCGGCUGGCACUGGAGUUCCUGAACAACCGCGAGCUGCACAUCUCGCAGCUGUCGCUCGAACGCGAAACGGGCGUCAUCAAUGGGCAGUACUCGGACGACGUGCUGUUCCUGCGGCAGCUGAUCCUCGACGGCCAGUGGGACGACGUGGUGGAGUUCAUCCAGCCGCUCGAGGCGCUGCAGAACUUCGACAUGAAGCAGUUCAAGUACAGCAUCCUGCGCCACAAGUACAUCGAGCUGCUGUGCAUCAAGUCGGAGGCGGGCGGGCUCGCGGCCGGUCCGCCGCUGAUUAACAACGUCGAGGGCGCGGUGGAGGAGGUGGUCCAGGUGCUCGGCGAGCUGGAGAAGCUGUGCCCCACGAAGGAGGAGUACUCGGGGCUCUGCCUGCUGCUGACGCUGCCGAAGCUGGGCGAUCAUCUGCAGUACCGGGACUGGAACCCCAGCAAGGCGCGCGUCCAGUGCUUCCGGGAGAUCUUUCCGCUGGUGGAAAAGUUUCUGCCGGGUGACAAGAAACUCGGUUCGGCCGGCGGCGCCGGGGGAGGAGGGGGGCUGGCGUCGGCGAAGAACGACCGGCUGGUGCAGCUGCUGAUCAAGGGUGUGCUGUACGAGUCGUGCGUGAACUACUGCCAGGUGAAGGCAACCGGGGCGGCCGAUGCGGCGAGUCAGAAGAUUAACUUCUCGCGAGUGCUGGACGGCUCGAUAGGAUUUACCGAUUCCGAUCUUUCCCUGCUGAGUUGGCUGCAGAGCAUUCCGGCCGACACGUUCUCGGUGCCGUUCGAGCAGAAAACGCUCAACGUGGACGUGGAACGGCUGGAGAAACCGUCGUUGGAAACCUCCUGGACCGAACACAUGCUCAUCACGCCGAUCAAACCGAAAACGUUCCCCCACUCUGUGAUGCCAUUCACGCGACCCCGCAGCGCGGCCGACAUCAUGACCCGCUCGCUGUUGCCUUCGCUGGACGCCGUUUCGAGCUGUUUGAAUCCGAAAGCACCGAACGAAUCGUUUCCGAUGUCCCGUUCCAGCUUCGCCAGUUUCCACCUAACCGGCAUCAAGCCGAGCAGCGGCAAACUGAUGACCUCCAGCGUGGACCGGUUAUUCGAGAACGGCGACGGGGGCGAAGCGUACCGCAGCAGUAACUUUGCCGAGUAUCAGCAGGGACUCCCGUCGAUCGACGAGAUCGCUUCUGUGCAAUCGAAAUCACCCGAUCUGCAGGCGGUCGCCGGGGCCGUGGUCAAAGCGUGCGACAUUCAUCAGAACAGUGCCGAGCGGGACAGUCCCAACACAACCAGCUCGACAGCCAAGAGCUCCCGGCGGGACUCACUGUCGGAGAAGAUAACGACGACCCAGCAGCCGGUCCCGACGGGGCUACCGCACCACAGUCAACCACACUCGGUGCCAGCAUCGGCGAUCUCAACGCCCGGAAGUACGGCCGGGCCCAACAGUGCCAAUAGUCCGGUGCCACUGAUACCGCCGCCGGGGGUGCCACAUCCACCAAUCGUUGCAGGCGCUAUCUACGACCAGCCCAAACCGACAGCAAAACCAGGACACAAUCCACCCGCAGUUCACAACUACAACGGUGCAACCAACGGCAACAGCAGUAAUUCGGGUGCCGGUGGAGGUGAACUGUAUGAAAAAUUCAAGCAACAGAAACAGAACAAAGAAAGUGACUACAUUAUGAACGGAAAUCCCACCAUCGUUCCGCCGGCGCACAUGAAUAAUACGGCCCCCUCGCCGGCUCCACCGCCCGUGCAGACCAACGGGAAUGGGAUGCCCCCGGUGGUGAUGGGAGCGCACCCAUCGGAGGACAUUAUCGGGAACAGAGAUUUCGAGCAAUCGGAUCAAAAUCGGCCUCGGUUUGUGGCGGUGACGACGCUCGAGGAUGUACAGGCGGUACGGUGUGCGGAGUUCCACCCGAACGGGCGUAUCUACGCCGUCGGCUCCAACUCGAAGACGUUCCGGAUUUGCGAGUACCCGUCGCUUUCGGAGAUAAGGGAAGACCACAGCACGUACCAGCCGACGGUGCUUUUUAAGCGCACCAAGCACCACAAAGGUUCGAUCUACUGCAUGGCCUGGUCGCCGGCCGGGGACCUGAUCGCGACCGGCUCGAAUGACAAAACCGUGAAGCUGAUGCGCUUCAGCGAGUCGCAGAAGCAGCUCGAGGGGCAGGAGAUCGAGCUGACCAUGCACGACGGAACGGUGCGCGAUCUGUGCUUCCUCGAGGACAGCUCGAACAAAUCGAGUCUGCUGAUCAGUGGCGGAGCGGGCGACUGCAAGAUCUACGUCACCGACUGCGAAACGUCCACCCCGUUCCAGGCGCUCAGCGGACACGGCGGUCACGUGCUGUCGCUGUACAACUGGGGUGGUGUGAUGUUCGUCUCCGGUUCGCAGGACAAAACCGUACGCUUCUGGGAUUUGCGUACGCGUGGAUGCGUCAACAUGGUUACCCCCGCCACGUCGCCGGGAUCGCGGCAAGGCUCACCGGUGGCGGCAGUUUGCGUCGAUCCGUCCGGCCGGUUGCUAGUGUCCGGACACGAGGAUAGCUCCUGCGUGCUGUACGACAUCCGGGGCAACCGACCGAUCCAGUGCUUCAAACCUCAUUCCGCCGACGUUAGAUCGAUUCGGUUUUCACCCUCCGCGUACUAUCUGCUGACCGCCGGCUACGACAACAAGCUCGUCCUCACCGAUCUGCAAGGCGAUCUCACGAUGCCAUUACCGUCGGUGGUCGUCGCGCAGCACACGGACAAGGUGAUAUCGGGCCGCUGGCAUCCGGUCGACUUCUCCUUCCUCUCCACGUCCGCAGACAAGACGGCCACGCUGUGGGCACUGCCACCGAUUUAAAGGCACGCUCCCGGUGGAGUGGAAAACUUAGGGAACGGGACAACAAACCUCACCCCCAGACAACCGUUUCAAACGUAGGGCACCACCAUAACUCCUCCAGUGGAACUUUUGUUAUUUCGUAGGAUAUUUGUUUUGUUAGCACCUACUUUUGUUUCUCUAUUUGCUUACCCUGGCUAAACCCCUCUCUCUUUUUGGGGCCUCCGUGCUUCUCUAUCGAGAUUUUUAUUUCCACUACGUGUACGUGUGGUGUUGCAAUUACCGAUUGAUUGUUGGGCGGAAAUCGUGGAAAAGGAAACCAAGGAAGAAGAUCACCGCCAUCUCUCUUCAUCAGUCAGUGUGUACAUCUUAGUUGUGUAUUAUAUAUAUAUAUUUAGAGAGAUAUAUAGAGAUAUAGUUAGUGUCUAAACCUCCGCGGAAACCCAGUGCUUGCGUUGAACGCUUGGUACGACAGCGGUACGAAAAGACAAGACCAAGACUAAUCCCCUCCCGAGCCCCCGGUCACGAUAGGUUUCUCGCUCAUAUACCCUUAAACUGCAUUACCAGUGUGUUAAAAGGCUACCACAACAAAGCUGCUUCAUGUCUAUGGCGAAAGGGAAGCUACUGUAUGUAUAUCUAAGGUAUUGUUAAAAUAACGUAAAACAAAAAAAAGGAAACAGCAAAAAAGGUAACCAGAAGUCCGGUCAAGGCAGAGCAGAAAACAGAGAAAAAAAUUAGGCAGGAGGGUUCCCUUUUCAUUUCCUCCAAUCGUUCAACGCGAAUGGAUCUUGUGAUUCUUCAUCAUGAUUUACAAACAUCACAUCAAGCGACGAUGUGUCUAAGGUUAGGCUUAUGUACGGUUAGUUUUCGUUCUCUCUCUUAUUUUGAAUCGUUCAGUGGCCACUGUGCAGUAUUAAUGUCCACGAUUGUUGUUUUGAAUAUUGUUUUAUCCAUAUGUAGCUAUGGUUUUUGUGCCCCUACAUUUCUGCUCUCAUUUUGUUAGAUGCGUUGUGCAGCGAAAUGCACGAUCAGUAUCCCUUUAAAGUUAUCCUUUUUGUCUGCUCGUGUAGUAUAUUCCCCGGAGAGUAUUAUCAUUUCAAUCGCGUAUUCUUUUAACUCCGCUAUUUCAUUCAUUUAUUUAUUUGUGCCGUCUACAAGGAAACUAGCGCUUGUUAAAUCAUAAAUCGCUCUCCCUUAUUCAACCCCCAUUCCCAACAAGAACCGGAUAUUUAUUGAUCGAUGAUUUAUUUAUCGCGCCCGCACGGGGUUUUUCAGAAGUCUGAUUGAAUGAUAUUCCAAACUUUAGAUAUUACCGUGGCGAAGAAAUUAAAACUACAUACGUCUAACUCAUGUAGAGCGCGCAUCCUAUCACCACAAACACACACAUACAUACAGGCCUACGUACAAUUUUAUACGGCAUCAUAUUGAUCAACGAAUUAAUCAAACCAUUAGUAUAAACUUUGCUGUUGGAACAGGCAGGAAAAAGUGGCGUGUGUUUGGCUGGGGCUAUUUUAUUUUGAACCCACAAAACAGCGCACGUGGCCCGUGCGUGACGUAGGCUUGUGCUCGGCUCGCGUCCCUUCGAAAGUACCACCCAGGGCGGACGUUCGGCUAUUAGCGGCCGGUUGCUAAACAACGUGAGAAUCUUGUACUAAUCAUUAGCGUUUAGGAGUUGAUACUGACAGCCUGACAAAGUGUGUAUAUGCGGUGUGAACAGUGAGAACGACCACGAUAAAAACGAAAGUGUAGUCGUCCGAGGACCGUGUACAUUCGUAGAUGUGGAUAGGUCCUUGAACGGCGGAGUCGCAGUCACAAAUGAAGGACAGUUUACGUUGAGGAUUAAUUAAGAGCACAAGCUGUUUGUAACAUUACUAACAGGUUAACUCGUAACUUGCGUUGUUUAUUUUUCUUUCUUUCGAUACUCAUGUGAGAUUUAUUUAAAACAACUUCCAGCUGUUCUAUUUUAUGUUCAACAGAUGCAAGGAAGAACGUUAAGAAACAAAAAUGGUUGGCCGGUGGUUGAAGAUCAUAAAAAAUAAUAAAAAUUAAAAAUUCUACGCGGUCGUUGUAUAAAAGUAAAAGAAUCGUGCGAAUGUUGCCCGACAAGGAUCAAAAUCAACUACCUUAAACACCCUGCAUGGCAAUGUAUUCUUACAAUACUUGACGAAUAAAUAAACUAAAC